AUGCAUCGAAUAAUUGUUUUGCUUCUGUUGGAGUCAGUUUGCAGUAGCGUUUCGGGGAAGAAGAAUGAAAAGUUUAUUGUUUCCUCACUGGAAAUGGCGGAAGAGAUCAACACCAUGAACAUUGGGUAUGGCUUGUUUAAGCGGGCUUAGUUCUAUUUUUAAGGCCCGGUUUAGACGCCGAACCUUUCAUGAGCCUAACCUAAUUCGAAUUAAGGCCGAACCAAAUUAUUUAGAAGGGCUGAAUUGAUUCAGACGCCGAUCUUAAGUUCAUAGGCGAAAAUGGUAAAACUGCUUACAAAAUACGUUAUAAUAAUUAAUGCAUUAGGUUCGGUACAUGAAAAGUUCGGCGUCUGAAUCAAAGCCGUUCCAAGCCGCUCCAAAGGCGAAAUUCCCGGCCGGGCUAGGCGAAAAGAACGGCUGAGCCGUUCCAAAUUGAAACAGGCGUUGCUAAUUGAUUCAGACGCCGAAAUUUUCAUGUACUUAAUUCAAUGUAUACAGUAUUAGGUUCGGCUGAUGAAAAGUUCGGCGUCUGAACCGGGCCUAAUAGUCUCUGCUAAUCAAAACUUCAAGUACUUAGUUUACUACCCUGCAUGAUGUACACACAGUCAAACGUACUCAGUGAAGAGUGUCGAAAUUUCAAUAUUACGGAAUGUUAAAUAUUAACAUGUCCCUAUUCUCAGGCUUGUCAAAUAUUGAAAAUUUCGGUUUUUCUCUUUUAACAGUCACUGAAGCUGUUUGGAGGUUCCGCCCCGCAAACUGUAACAUGCCAUUUGCCUUGAUUUUUAAAAAGUUUCUGUGGUAUCGGAUUAAAGAUAUUGAUACUGAUACUUAUGACUAGACUCUAAAAAACAGGAAACUAUUGCUGACACGUUAAUGCAGUUAUCAUUGUCAUAUGCGGAAAUUGUGCAAAAGAUCGGUAAACAGGAUGACAGGACAUGCAGGAUUGCUCUGAGAUCCUUCGCCAAGAACAAGAAUUGAAGGAUCUUGUGCACUGAAGGCACCCACGGUCGAGUAUCGGUCGACACGUUGUCCGACAUAUAUAUCGGCCAACUCUUCGCCGAUGUCUCUGCCAACAUUAUAUCUGUAUUUUAGGCGGUCGAGUGUCGGUCUUCAGGUUUACCUAUGGGUCGACCGCGUAUCGACUGAUAUGUCGACCAAUCGUGUUGGUCGGUAUGAUAAUUCGUCCACUUAUCGAUCGACAGGCCAACGACAUGCUUGGUGGACUCUUCUUCUGGGGUUAUCUUUUCUUUAUUUUUUUAGGGUUUUUAGAGUAUGGCUAGUGUCCGUGUGGCCUGUUUGGCAAUUUGUAACGAACUCGCGCGAAAACGCUCGCUAUAGAGGAUAGUGACAGUGUCCGCGCGAGUUUUUUGUUAAACAAGAUGCUAUGUGAGCUUGCACUUCGGCGUCCUGGUUGUGAAAUUAAUUAUGAAUGCGGAGGAAUGGUCAGAAAUUAUAUUUUUCCGGAUACCCUUCCGCACAAAUACCCUUACGUUUCUCCUUUGAGUAACAGAUGUCUUAUGUCUGCUAGUAGGAGGGGUCAUCUCCGCUAAUAGGGAGCUUACGAAUUGACGACUUUCGCACGACGACGCCGUUGGGCCACGUCAUAGUCCUGCGUCGCCGUCAUCUAGAAAUUUGAAUUUACGAUUUUAAGUAUCCUGUUUCAAAUUCUGUUAUGAAGAACCUGUAUGCUAUAAUUACUUUUCGGCAAAUUCCACGUUUCGAUUAUAAUUUCUUUCAUAACUGAUAAAUAAUUUGCGCACGAACAGAUGUCAGUUCCACUUCCUAUAUUUCCUCUACAACAACACUUUUCUUAUGAACAGUUUCCUCCACACGUUCUCCAGCAACGUGACUAACAUCAGUACACUCCUCCCCUUAUAAAACUUGCUGAAAAUACACAAUCUCCACAACAUCGCAACAUAAACUUUGUGAAAAGCAACAACAUACAAUACAAAAACAAGUAUAAAAACACCUACUCUUCCAAAAAACACUAAAAGAAGAACAAUGAUAUUGAUGCUUAUCACAACGGUUACGAAACCACGGUAACUGCGUUUUGCUUCUCCUUGUUGACAAUUUGUCGCUUUCUGAAUCUCUUAGUCUUCACGCAACGCAAACGACCGUACUUUUUCCUCGACCUUCCUCUUUCGAAUCACUCUUGCUGCAAUAAUCUCCAAUAAUCAAAAUCUCUUCACUCUCAAACUUUAUACACAUUUUUGUCCCCCAAAUCUUUUCCAUGAAGGCAUAAAACUUGUGUAAUCUUGACUUACUUAAAACUGAUUUCGAGAUAUCUGGCCUCACUUCGGAAGCAAACUGCAAGUUUACGACAUUCUUUAGCGUCGCAAAUCCUUUAAGAAUUUGUGCUCCGCCUCAAAUAUUCAUUGUAGCCGAAAGAACUGGAAGUGAUCUUGCGAUAUCUCCAACCCAUUCCGGUGUCACUAUGUCAAAACCCAAAACAAGCCCACAAGUAACAAACUUGCCUGUCAAACUAAUUCCGAAGCAGCUU